GCCGUGGCUCCGAGCGGCGGGCCGCAGAGCUACUGGGAUGUCGGGAGAGAUGGACAAGCCUCUGAUCAGCCAUUGCCUCGUGGACAGCGAUGGCAACCUGGCUGAGGCCCCCAGUGGGGCCCCCAAAGUGGGCAUCCUGGGCAGCGGGGAUUUUGCCCGCUCCCUGGCCACUCGUCUGGUGUGCUCUGGCUUCAGCGUAGUGGUGGGAAGCCGUAACCCCAAGCGCGUGGCUGGGCUGUUCCCCGCUGCAGCCCAGGUGACUUUCCAGGAGGAGGCGGUGAGCUCCCCAGAGAUCAUCUUUGUGGCUGUGUUCCGGGAACACUACUCCUCGCUGUGCGGGCUCAGUGACCAGCUGACCGGCAAGAUCCUGGUGGACGUGAGCAACCCCACGGAGCAGGAACACCUCCAAUAUCGCCAAUCCAAUGCCGAGUACCUGGCCUCCCUCUUCCCCAACUGCACUGUGGUCAAGGCCUUCAAUGUUAUCUCUGCCUGGACCUUACAGUCCGGCCCCAGGGAUGGAAACAGGCAGGUGCCCAUCUGCAGUGACCGGCCGGAAGCCAAGCGUGCCAUCUCAGAGAUGGUACACACCAUGGGUUUCACGCCCAUGGACAUGGGCUCCCUGGCAUCAUCCCGGGAGGUAGAGGCCAUGCCCCUGCGCCUCCUCCCAGGCUGGAAAGUGCCCACCCUCCUGGCCCUGGUGCUGUUUGUCUGCUUCUAUGCUUACAACUUCCUCCGGGAUGUGCUGCAGCCCUACGUGCAGGAGGGCAAGAACAGGUUCUACAAGAUGCCCGUGUCUGUGGUCAACACCACACUACCAUGCGUGGCCUACGUGCUACUGUCGCUGGUGUACCUGCCCGGUGUGCUGGCAGCUGCCCUGCAGCUGCAUCGUGGCACCAAGUACCACCGCUUCCCCGACUGGCUGCACCAGUGGCUGCAGCACCGCAAGCAGAUCGGGCUGCUCAGCUUCUUCUGCGCUGCCCUGCACGCUCUCUACAGUUUCUGCCUCCCCCUGCGACGCUCACACCGCUACGAGCUGGUCAACCUGGCCGUCAAGCAGGUCUUGGCCAACAAGAGCCACUUGUGGAUAGAGGAGGAAGUCUGGCGGAUGGAAAUCUACCUCUCUCUGGGCGUGCUGGCCAUCGGCACGCUGUCCCUGCUGGCUGUCACCUCGCUGCCAUCCAUUGCCAACUCACUCAACUGGAGAGAGUUCAGCUUCGUGCAGUCCACGCUGGGCUUCGUGGCUCUGGUGCUGAGCACCCUGCACACGCUCACCUAUGGCUGGACGCGUGCCUUCGAGGAGAGCCGCUACAAGUUCUACCUGCCGCCCACCUUCACGCUCACGCUGCUGGUGCCCUGCGUCGUGAUCCUGGCCAGAGGCCUGCUCCUCCUGCCCUGCCUCAGCCGCAGACUCGCCAGGAUCCGCAGGGGUUGGGAGAGGGGCAGCGCUGUAAGGUUCAUGGUGCCCACCAACCCGGCACUGGUGGAGAAGACCAGCCACGUGUGAGGGGCCACAUGGGAGCCCUCGCCCAGAAAGGGGACCUGCUCUGCAUGUGUGCGGGAGUGUGUGGGUGCAGUUCUUCUCCUCUGGAUG